AAAUAAUACUCCUUAGGAAUUUCUGAUAACCAUACAACACUUAUCUAUGCGUACAACAUAAUAACAAACAUCAGAAUUAUUUAUUCUUUUUACUUGCAUAAAAUUGAUUUAUUUUUGUUAUUUUUAAUAUCUGAAAUAGUUAUGUCUUUGUUCCGUCAAAUUACAAAUAUAAUUAAAACUACACAAGUUGACUCAUUUAAAGUAUUAUGUAGUAAAUUUUUAAGUACUAAAAAUGACGAUCCAGUACAAUCAUAUAUAGAUAAAUUAGUGAAAAAUCACAAAGUUGUAGUUUUUAUGAAAGGUGAUCCACAAGCUCCUAGAUGUGGUUUUAGUAAUGCUGUUGUCGAUAUUUUAAGUAUUCACAAAACGAAAUUUGAAGCCCUUGAUGUACUUAAAGAUGAAAAUCUUAGAAAUGGUAAGUAUUAAAUAAAUAUAAUAUUGACUUGUUGUAAAACAAGUUUAGUUUAUGGAUCCUAAAAUGCUUUUUCUUUCAAAUUUGUAAAUUUCUUAUCUUUAUACAUUUUUUUUUAUUAUUUUAUUAUAUUAUAAAUGACACUCACAUUUUAAUUUUUAUCAAUAUUAGUGAACAAAUUAGAUUAAAUUCUAUUUUAACUAGCUUAAACUAGCUAAUAACACAUAUAAAAUAAAAAGUAUUAGAAAAUUGAAGGAACCAUUACUGUAAUCCUUAUGACUUUAUUUUUAUUAAAUUGUUUAUUAUCAUUAUGUUAUAUGUAGGAAUUAAAGAAUACUCAAACUGGCCAACUAUUCCUCAAGUUUUUGUAAAUGGAGAAUUCAUUGGUGGCUGUGAUAUUAUGUUACAAUUACAUAGGUCAGGUGAAUUAGAUAGAAUAUUAAACAAUAAUAAAUCUGAUAAAGAUUCUCAAGAAAACCCUGUAGUUUGAUUUUAGAAGUGUUUUAAUUUAAUGUAUUUUAGUAGUAUAGGAAUUGAUUAAAACAAAACAACAUAAAAAUUACAUUUUUUGUUAGUAGGAUUACAAUUUGUUUGUUUAAACUAAAAGUAUUGCUGUUGUUAAAUUUGAUAAAUAAAAAAAAAAUUGUUCUAAUUAAACUUUUUGUGUUAUAUAUAAAUUAUUGGUCUAAAUUUGUUAUCGAAAAAUGAUGUGAACUAAUAAAAUGUUAACUUAAAGUACCCACUUACUACAAAUGUGCCAAUUUAAAUUAAAUGUACAGUAAAACCUUAAAACAGAAUUACUUGUUCUGACUGAGUUUCCGUUUGAAGGAGACUAAAAUGUACAAGCAUAAAUUAUGUUUUCCGUUAUAAGGAAAUUUGACUGUACAUUGUAAUCUCUAUUAAUGAACCCAUUUCCAAAUAUAAUUAUAUAUAUAUUAUAUAUAUAUAUAUUGGCCAUUAUAGCGAAUGAAAUGGGUGAGUUAUAGUAGAAAAAUGUAGGUAGUUGAUUACAUACUUAAAUAGUAUUUAAUUGUAAAAAGACAAAUAUCAAUGUAUCUUAUAUUGUAUAUUUAACAUAUGUCCUUAAAUUGAUUUACUAGUACAAGACUACUAGGUAGAUAUAGGAUCUAGGACACUUUGCCACACCUUGUUGCCGAAAAAUUUCGCUUAUGAUCCGUAUGGCUGAUGGCCGAUUUGCCACAACCAAUUCGCCGCCAAUUGUUUCGUUGAUAACAUUUUCGCUGAUACAUUUUUUUUCGUUUAUCAAUUUUUAACAAUGGGUUGCUUUCUUAAGACAAAAUAAUUUUUUUUUUUACCAAGUUAUAAGUAUAUAAUAUUAUUAAUAUUAAUUUUUGGGAAGAAUUUAUGAUUUGUACUUGAUUACUCUGUUAUCAUGGAAAGAAAAAAAUAUUAGAUUUUUAAAAUCAUAUUUUCAAUUUUAAAUUAUACAUUCAUUGUCAAAAGCAAUCAAAAAUGUUACAUUAACAUUUUUCAAAAGUGUAUUAUGGUAAAACUUAAAUGUGAUAAGAAUUACGUUGUUAAUUUUAUGAUUUUUGUAUUCUACAUAAUCUAUGGGUGCACGUUUAUAUACACUUUUAAAAACAUAAACCAAUUUUAAAUGGUGAUAAAUAGCAUUUAAAUGAAUGUCUUUCUUGCAGGACAUUAGGUCUAAAAGGGUUAAUUGAAAUUAACAUAUUUUAAAAAAAGAGAUGAUACUGAAGACGGGUGCAGCCACCGCUGUAGACGGGAAGUUGGGAUUUUGGGAAAUUAUAACCCAUAACGUUAUUUAAUUUAAAUUUGUUCUCAACGAUAAACCAUUGCUAAUGAAAAACGAUUCAAAGUGGAAUUUGGUUAGACAAAUUCUGUCUGUUUUUGAACACUAAGUACAACUUAAAAUUAUUCUUGUAUUAAAUUUUCAAACAUUUUUGUUAAGUCAAACUAUUUUAUUCAAGUAUGCCUACCAAAUAGAAAAGAAAAAAAUCCAACUUUCAUGAAAAAUAAAAUUAAUGUCAUUUCAUAUGCAAUUUUCAGUGCUAAAUUAGAAUAACUCACCAUUUUUGAGCUAAAUGGUUAAACUCUAGUGUAUUUGUAAGCUUGAAAAUUACAUUUAGUUUCAAAAUAUAUAAUUUCCUUUAACAAGAUUUUUUGUUUAUAAUAUGUUUAUUAUUAUUAUUGUGAAAAUAUUCUUGGAUAUUAUUGAAAAUGUUAUAAAAAAAAAGAUAUAAUAUUACACUGUACACCAUUGG